AAAUCAAUGCCUUCGUUUCUGCUUGAAGAAAGUCUCAUUAUUUUCCUUUGAACGCAUUACCAACUGUAGUACAGCGACAAUUACAUCUCUCUCUUCCAUUUCCCAGCCUUGACACCGCCUGCAAACCUUGAAAAGCCUAGUUGCUUGGUUUCCCUUCCAGUACUGAUACACCUGGCGAACUCGCGGCCUGCGUACCGGCAAUAGAGCAAGAUGUAUAAUGGCAUAGCAGUGGUCAAUAUAGACAUCACUAACAGCAUUACAGGCGUAUAUCGAUAUCGAUCAUCACCUCCGAUGUUGACCUACAAUCCGAUUUCCUCAAUCUGGACGUGAGUCCUGAUAUGAGCCUCAAUGAUAUCAAGGCUUUCGUCGAAGCCGAGAUCAAUAUUCCUCCCAUAGCGCAACACUUCCUUCACGAUGGUCGACCGGUCACAGAUACCUCUAUCAGUCUGGCGCAGAUGAAUAUACACGAAGGAGAUGUAGUGGCAUUGGCAGUUCAGACGAGACAAAGAAGAAGACCGGCCACCGAAAAUACCAUGGGUCAGCCCGCCCAGAGAGUGCGAAGUGGCAACGACCCCGAACAGCUGAGACUACGUAUCUUGGGCGACUCACACAUGCUGGCAGAAUGUCAAAGACAAGAUCCUGAACUCGCCGCGGCAUGCUCAGACCGACAAAAGUUCCACGAUCUUUGGAGUGCAAGACAGAGACAGUAUGAGCAAGCCCAACGGGAAAAGGAGCAACAGAUUGCUUUGCUAGAAGCUGAUCCGUUCAAUGUCGAAGCCCAGCAGAAGAUUGAAGAAAUGAUUCGACAGGAGCGUGUCGCGGAGAAUCUACAGAAAGCCAUGGAAGAAAACCCAGAGUCUUUUGGCAGAGUCACGAUGCUGUACAUCGAUGUCACCGUCAACAACGUUCCUAUUAAGGCAUUCGUCGAUUCCGGCGCCCAGACAACCAUAAUGUCUCCACAGGCUGCAGAACGGUGCGGGAUCCUACGACUAAUUGACAAGAGAUAUGGCGGAAUAGCCAGAGGAGUCGGUACAGCGACGAUUCUAGGACGUGUACAUUCCGCCGAUAUUCAAAUCGGCCAGUACAACCUCGCCAGCAGCUUCACCGUCAUGGAGGGUAAGGACGUGGAUUUACUGCUAGGACUCGACAUGCUCAAGCGCCAUCAAAUGUGCAUUGACCUCCAGAAAAACUGUCUCCGGGUACAGGAAGACGAGAUUCCAUUCCUACCCGAAAGCGACAUUCCCAAGAUGAUGGAGGAAAUCCUCGAGAACGAACCCAAAGUGGCAGGCCCGGAUGGAUCAACGAUAGGGGCUACGACUGGCACAGUUGAGCCACACACCGAAACGCCAACCAACUCCAAAUCGACUGCUGGGCCAAGUGGCACUUCCGCACAACCGUCCUCGUCACAAUCUGCUGCAGCAGCUGGUAAUUUUGGCCAGUCGCAGCCAAUAACUCCAGAGUCCGUCGCGAAGAUCACAGAGCUGGGCUUCUCGCGAGAGGAAGCCAUUGCUGCGUUGACACAAGUUGACGGCAACGUGGAAUUGGCAAUUGGACUUCUUAUAUGAUCCUCAGAAGCUUGCAACAGGACCAUGUGCAGGAUGACAAGGCUUCGUCCACGAAAUUGCAUUUGGUAGUAAGAAACAGAUCUGCAGGGACGUCUGGCAGCAUAUGCCAACCGAGUACCGUGCUUACAUCAUGGCACGUAAAAGCAAUUAGUAGAUGUCAUCGUUCCUCGACGAUUAUAAUAUUGAUAUGCCAUGAAUGGUAGAGAAUACCGAUACAGUAGUGGUGUUUUCGCAGAAUUGACGUCCACCACCAUUGACUCUGCCUACUCCGGAGUCUGUAGGUUAGCG